AUGGACGCCCUCAAACUCGACUUCGUCACGCUCGACGUUUUCACGACGACCCGCUUCUUGGGCAAUCCCCUCGCGGUCGUCUUCGUCCCCCCCGCCUUGCGUGAACGCAUCGACCAGGAGACCAAGCAGCGCAUCGCGCGCGAGUUCAACCUCUCCGAGACGGUCUUUCUGCACACGCUGCAGGACGAGCCCAACACGGCAUCCAUCACCCGCCAGAUUGACAUCUUCACCACCGAGGAAGAGCUGCCCUUCGCGGGCCACCCGACCAUCGGGUCCGCCUACCUGGUCCUGUACCACCUCGGCUGGAGCCACGUCUCCACGCUGCAGACCAAGGCCGGGCCGAUCCGCAUCAUCGCGUCUCCCUCAGCCGACGGACAGGGACAGGGUCAACAGGUCCGCGCCGCGAUCCCGCAGGCCGUGCACGUCCACCAACAGACGCUGGGCGGCGUGCUGUCCUCCCCGUCCACUGCCGACGCCGCGCGGAGCGCCAUCCAGCACGGCCUGUCCGCCGACGCCGACAUCCGCGCCUGCGAGCUGGAGGCGCCCGUGGUCAGCAUCGUGCGGGGCAUGUCCUUUGUGCUGGUGCGCCUGCCCAGUCUGGCGCACCUCGCCCGCGCAGCGCCCGUCAACAGGCUGGACUUCGCCAAGGUGCCGGACCUGCUGGACCGGGGCGAGUGGCACGGCGGGUUUACGGCGAGGUAUUACUAUGUGCCGCUAGAGGAGGACGGUGGUAGAAAGGGGGACGUUGCGGUUCGCACGCGCAUGGUCGAGCUCGGGUUCGAGGACCCGGCUACUGGCAGCGCGGCGUGCACGCUGGCUAGUUAUCUGGCUGUUAGCGGCGGGAAGAGGGAGACGGGGGAGGAAGGGGUGCGGUUUGCGAUUACGCAGGGUGUGGAGAUGGGGAGGACGAGUGACAUCGCCGUCGAAGUGGUCCUGGAGCAGGAGAAGGGUGGGGCGAGGGUCAAGGAACUGUAUCUCGGAGGGACGGCGGCUGUUGUUAUGACUUCGCUGACACUUGAUGCAGUUUCUGGCGAGGUUCCCGAGGAGCCUGUGGUGUCCAAGAAGACAGGCACCGUGUUUGAGAAGCGGCUCAUCCUCAAGUACAUCGAAGAGAACGGGAAAGAGCCCGGCACCGACCAAGAGCUUGACCCGGAAGACCUGCUCCCCGUCAAGACAAGUCGCGUUGUCCGGCCGAGACCACCAAACUUCACCUCGCUGCCGUCGCUGCUCAAGGCCUUUCAGGACGAGUGGGACGCCCUGGUGCUCGAGACAUACAACACGAGGGAACAGCUGGCGCGGGCAAGAGAGGAGCUUGCGACGGCCCUCUACCAGCAUGACGCUGCCGUGCGUGUCAUUGCUCGCCUGACCAAGGAGCGGGACGAAGCGCGCGACGCCCUGUCCAAGGUCACCGUUGCACCGGCGUCUGUUGGUGCUGCGAACGGCGAUGUCAUGGCGGUUGACAAUGAAGGUCUUCCUGACAACUUGGUGGAGCACGUACAUGAGUUGCAACAACAAUUAAUGAAGGGCCGCAAGAAGCGACCGAUUCCGCAGGGCUGGGCGAGCCCGGACGAAGUUGCUGGUCUGCAGCAAGUAGCCUACACAGAUUUGACGGUGUCGCAGGCAUCGUCUCUCGACAUCGAGUCCGACUACGCGGCCAUUGGUGGGCUAGACGGCAAGGUCAGCAUCUACUCGACCCAGGCAAACAACGUGGAAAGGACGAUUGAUAUCGGCGAGCCUGUAACGGCCACGGCCUGGAUCGGAAGCAAGGUCAUUGUGGCAACAUCAAAAGGGUCGGUCAAGGUUUUUGACAGCGGCAACGAGACGGCUUCGUUCCAAGUACACGCAGGCGCUGUGACGGGGCUCUCGCUACAUCCUGGCGGGCGGAUUCUCGCAUCGGUCGGCGUAGACAAGAGCUUUGUCUUCUAUGACCUCGACACCCUGGAAAAGGUGUCAAGGGCCUACACUGACGCUGCUCUCACUGCGUGCGCAUUUCACCCGGACGGCAACCUCUUUGGCGCCGGCACCCAGGCGGGGGACAUUAAGAUCUUCAAGACGGACACCGGCGAGCAGGCCGAGAGCUUCAACCUGGGGACGCCGGUGCAAACGGUCGUCUUCUCCGAGAACGGUUUUUGGUUCGCUGCGGCCGGCAAGGGCCAGUCAACCACCACCAUCUUCGACCUGAGAAAGUCCGGCCCCGCGGCCCAGGUCAAGGAACUGCAAACGGGCGAUGCGCAGGCCCUGGCGUGGGAUUACACGGGCCAGUACCUGGCGACGGCGGGAUCGACGGGAAUCACGGUGCAAAUGUACCAGAAGAGCUCCAAGAUGUGGUCGGAGCCGCUUCGGACCAGCACGCCUGCGGCAGCCCUCCGGUGGGGGGCCAAGGCCAAGUCGCUCGUGACGGUGAGCAAGGAGGGCGUGAUGUCGGUGCUUGGGGCAAAGGAGUAA